AUGACUCCGAAAUGGUGGAUUUUCACCAUUAUUUUUCAUGUUUUGGCCGCUUAUCCGACCGAGGAAAUUUUUCGAGGAUUAUUUCCAGUUCAGCCGCCGCAUUGCACUAAAACACCGAUUGUCACGGCACACACAUCGCAAAGUGAGUAGGGGUUUUUGGGUAGAUCAAAAUCUAGAAGAUGAUUAGGGUACUGUAGAUUGAAAAGCUGUAAUUUGUUCCUAUUUCAUUAGGUAGAUAAAAAUCUAGAAGAUUUUUGAGGUACUGUAGUUUUUCUUGGGAAAUUUUAUCCACAGUAAUUUUUUCAUAUUUUUUACGUAGUUCAAAAUCCAUAAGAAUUAGUUACUGAACUCAAGAAAUUUCUAGAAAAUAAAUUUUUCUUCAAAAAAAGUACUGUAGAUUUCUGGUAGAUCAAAAAUUUUGCAACUCAAAACCCACCGGAAAUCCUCAAACAAAAUUUCGAAAUCGAAAAUUUUUAUCGUUUUUCGGAAAAGACUUAGUCAAUGAUUCAUCAUAUCAUAUCAAAUCAAAUCAAAUUGAUGAAUCAUAUGUGUUUUUUUUCGAAAAAAGACUGGAAUUUUCAGACAAAGUCCAUCUGAAAUGAUAUGUUUCCAGACACCAGAUCUCAAGUUGGCCGAGGAAUGCAAAUGCAAUUCUACAUCGGACUUCACACGGCUGUCUGUUUUCGGCUUCAUGAAGGCUUGCCUUUGGCUUCGAAUUUUUUAGAUGGCGUUGAGCCGGCUGAAAAUCAGACGAGUUUAUUGCACACAAUUCGAUUGGAGAAAUUGGAACAUCAUCAUCCGGUUAGUGCAAAAAAUUUCAGACUUUUCCGAAACGUAGACGUUUUUCCAGAUCACUCAAAGUUACACUUUUGGAAUUCCCGAAGUUCACGCCGAUUGUAUUUGUGAAUGCGAUUCAACAUCGAGCACAUGUACAGCUGAAUCACAUCAAUUCACAGCUUGUCCAGAAUCGGAUAAAAUUGACGAAUCCACAUCGUGUUAUCGAACUUUUUUCCCAAAUCAAACACCGAUUGGAUGUAGCGAAGAUGAUAGUCCGAAAUUGUGCUGUGAUGUCAAAUUCAAACCGUAUAAGUGAGUUUUUUCCGCGUUUUUCUUAUCAGGAAAAAUUUUUCUAACAAUUUUUUUCUAGAAAUCUCACAUUCACCGCAGUCAAACUCGAACAACCCUCAACGUAUGCCACAUUUGUCUACACAGCUUAUGAUUUUGUGAAUGGAAGAUGGGUCGAAAAAGAUAAAACAACAAUCCGAAGUCAAUUGGAUGGCGGAACUCAAGAUACACAUUUGGAUUCCGCGAAACGUAUUUCACUUGCGGUUACCGCAGGCGGAAGAGCAUCGCAUCAAUUGGAAACUGGAAUGUAUUUUACGAGAACAAGUGUUGGAGGUGAAAUGGAAGAAUUGAGAAGACAACCAUUGAAUGAGAGAUCUGAUAAUAAGUGAGUCAUUUGGGUAGGAAAGAAAGUUUGCUCUAUCGCAUACAUGAUUUAGAUAUUUGUGUGUACUUCUCUCGGAGUUCACACCUUAAAAAUGUCGUUUUCACGUAGAAAAACGUGAAAAACUGGGAUCAAACCUCACUCUUUCGAAAAAUGUAUGCGCCUUUGAUUUGCUUUGAUUUUCAGCCCAUAACUUUUUUGAGAAUGCGUUUCAGAAACAAGUAAAUAGUUUUCCUGGCUCAUCUCGCGGAGACGAAUAAGAUAGUAUAUUCAGCGUUUUCCGAAAUUGAUUCUAAGAUGCUGAAAAUUCUCUGAAAUUACUAUCUAGUGUGUAAACACCGCGACGUACAAAUGCACAAAUAGCGUACCGUAGUGAAAUUUUUCACCGUCGCAAAAAACUAAUUAGGUAUCCCCAAUCAAUAGACUCAAUUAAAAUUAGUUAAAAAACCUGACGGACAAUUGCGGAAUUGGUUUUUCACGUAGAAGGACAACCCAUUUAAUUUUUGGAUUUCCAAAAAAGUCCCCAAACAAUCCGAUUUUUUUCCAGUUUCGAUCGUCUUGGAUGGUACCGAAUGGAUGAAAAUGGCAAAUUCCACGUGAACAACGGAGUGGUAAAAAUCGAUGAUAUUCACAAAGCGAAAGUGAAAAAUUGCAAAGAGCAAACGUAUCGAAGUAUUCUAUCGGCCAAUAAUUAUAUGCCAGGACAUUUCAAUUUAUCGAGACCGCUGGAAGUUAUUCUACCUUGGAUUCAAUCUGCAAGGAUUUAUGAUAAUACUGCGAGACAGGCGAUUGUUACACAUGCUGAGGGAACUAGUUUGCAUAUUACGUUGCAUUGUGAGUUUUUGCGGGGAAUCUGUGGAAUUUUUCUGAAAUUCAGAAAUUCUGAUUGAAUUUUUUGCAGUGGACGAAGAGGAUGGUCAAAAUCUGGUAUUUUUCCACAAUUCAUCAAAAAUUCGCGAUUUUUCGGGAACAAUCAUCGUUGAUUCUCGAUCAAAUCGUUUCUUCAAUGUCACAGUUUAUGGAGCAUCUGGAAAAAUCGAUGGAAUGGUGAAAUAUUCGACUGAAAACACGGCCACAAAUAUCCAUACAUUCACAACAUAUGUGAGUGAUUUGACGGCUGCAAAUCGUUCAAUGAUAAUCCCACUUCCGGCAAUUGUCGAACAUGGCCCUCGAAUGAUUUGUAUGAAAGCGGAUGAAAUGUCGGAUCGAGAUGCGAUUUGUCGAGUUAUUCAAUAUCAUGAAAGUCCGCUGGAAAUCGAUUUGAUUGAAGGAAAAUGGCAUGAAAUGAUUGGAACCUGUCCAACUUGUAAUCAAGUUAAUUUUAAUGGAGUUAUGAAGUUAGUUUUGUUUUUGGGAUGCAGAUUUUUUUGGGCAAAUAAUGAAUGGGACCCCAAAUGACUGAAUGGGACCCCGGUGUUUAACAAUCGUCGUGACGAAUGGGACCACAGCAUUUUUUUGAAUUGUCUGAAUGGGACCCCGUAAAAAAAGAGACCCCGUUGAAUUUUUUACUAGUACGAAUGGGACCCCACUGAAAUUUUAUACUGAAAGGGAUACAAAGGUUGAAGCCUAAGCUUAAGCUAAAAAUCCUAACUAAGCCUAAGCCUAAAGGCCUAACUAAGCCUAAGCCUAAGCCUAACCCCAGUGCUGAGAAUACGUCUAAGUUUAAGCCUACAUGUGGUCCCAUUCUGAAAAAAUUUCAAUGGGGGUCCCAUUCGUACUAACACAAAAAUUUAACGGGGUCCCUUUUUUGCGGGGUCCCAUUUAGACAAUUUAAAAAAAUUCUGUGGUCCCAUUUUAUUAUUUUGGGGGCCCAUUCAUCACGACGAUUUUUCAAAACAGGGGUCCCAUUCAGUCAUUUGGAGUCCCGUUUGGGGUCCCAUUCAUUAUUUACCGAUUUUUUGAAACAGUGAAUUUUUUCAAACCCGUUUUUUUUCCAGAUUCCUCAACCCAGCUCAUUGGAUCAAAGGAAUCAGUUCACUUGGCGAUGGUGUAAUGCUAGUCACAGAUUUGGUCGUCUAUCUCGGUGUCCUCAUUAUUCUCUACCUCCUUAUCACCAAAUUAAUCAUCCCACUUAUUCGCUGCUGGGUUUGCCCGAUGUCUUUCUGUUGCUCUUCUUCGAGUUCCUCCAAGUCCUCCAAAAAAUCCAGAAACCAACGCCGCCAGCGUUCACUUUCGCCGCCGGAAGAGCAGUAUCAAAGCCGAGCCAGAUAUAUCGAUUCGAAACGAAAUCCUCAUCAUUACGAUGGUGAUUAUAUUUAA